CAUCGUCCACUGCUCGGGAGCGAGAGACGCAAAUCAGCUGGCUGGUGAAUCGCCGGAUUGAGCAGAGACAGGAGCACAACAUAACUCGCACUGAGAUCACGCAGAGACGCGUCCUACAGGAGAAAGCCCCCGACAUGCCGCAAUACACCGGACAGGGCGACACGGAUUACCAUGGGAGUAACGGACAGGCGGACACCCACUCGUUGCACUCGUCUCAUCUGUCCGUCCAGGAGGAUCCGCUGCUUAUCCGGACCCACAAGCAACAGACUUCUCAGCAAGUGACGACUGUGACGAAAGUCGUGCGCGAGGUUUCCCACAUGGAGCCGGAUCCGGGCGCGGUCAGUUACAUGUCGGUGCCGUUAAUGUCGCAAGACUAUCAGCACGCGGACCCGCGCUACCCCGCGGACCCGUACAUGGUCAGCUUCGACCAUUACGACCCGUACCUGGGCUACCCGCCGCAGCCAGGAUACCCGGGACCCCAUGGCAUCUACAUGCCGCGCUCGCAUUCACCCCACAGCCCCCACAGCCCGUCGGAACACAGUCGUGCUUCGCCGCCACACGAGUACAUGCGCAAGGGUGCACCCUACGUAGAGGGUAGCUAUAACGACAUCGACCCCGGCUUAAACCCCGCUUUGCAGGACCAUUAUCGCAUUACUCCAAGUCCAGGUGGUCCCGGGGAUCAGUAUGAUGAGAGUAAAGUGGCCUAUGGCUACGUGUCGCCGUCGCCGUACGGUCCUGUGGGAUACGUUCCCGCCGUGGGAGUCGGACCAGUGCCGAGCGACGUGCCCGGCUACGAAGAAGGCCACCCGGGAGUGCCCCUCACGUCGGCCGUGCCACCCGGCAUCUUCGAGGACGAGGUGCACCUCCAACGGCUGCAGUCGCGUCAUCCGGUGGUGCCCGGUAUGGCGAGCCCACUCGACGACGAGCAAAAGUCCAUGCGCUGGCGGGACCCGAAUCUCUCCGAAGUGAUCGGCUUCCUGAGCAACCCCAACAAUAUAAUCAAGGCGAACGCGGCCGCGUAUCUGCAACACCUUUGCUAUAUGGAUGACCCAAAUAAGCAGAAGACGCGUAGCCUUGGUGGCAUACCGCCGCUGGUACAGCUGCUGGACCACGACAAUCCAGACGUGUACAGGAACGCGUGCGGUGCGCUGCGGAAUCUGUCGUAUGGACGACAGAAUGACGAGAACAAGCGCGCGAUCAAGAAUGCGGGCGGCGUGCCGUCCUUGAUCAACCUGCUGCGACGGACGUCCGAUGCGGAAGUCAAGGAGCUUGUCACGGGAGUGCUGUGGAACUUGUCCUCGUGCGAAGAUCUGAAGAGGUCGAUCAUCGACGAUGGCGUGACGAUGGUGGUGAGCAACAUAAUAAUACCUCACAGCGGCUGGGACCCGAGCUCGUCGAGCGGCGAAACUUGCUGGUCCACCGUGUUCAGAAACGCGUCCGGCGUGCUGAGGAACGUAUCGAGCGCGGGCGAAUACGCGCGGAAGAAUCUGCGCGAGUGCGAGGGCCUGGUGGACGCGCUGCUCUACGUCGUGCGUUCCGCGAUCGAAAAGUCCAACAUCGGCAACAAGAUCGUCGAGAACUGCGUGUGCAUCCUGAGAAACCUGAGCUACCGUUGUCAAGAAGUGGAAGACCCUAAUUACGACAAGCACCCGAUCCAGUCCACGGUGCAGAACAGAGUCACCGCACCCGCGAAAGGUGAGAAUCUGGGUUGCUUCGGCGGGAGCAAGAAGAAGAAGGAUGGCCAGCCGGUUCAAAAGGAGACCACCGCGUCACGUACGACGAGCCCGCGGACCGAACCAGUCAGGGGAAUGGAAUUGCUCUGGCAGCCGGAAGUGGUUCAAUCGUAUCUUAGUCUCCUGCAAACGUGUUCGAAUCCGGAAACGUUGGAGGCUGCUGCCGGAGCCCUGCAAAAUCUUGCGGCUUGCUACUGGCAGCCGAGCAUCGAGAUUCGCGCAGCCGUACGCAAGGAAAAAGGUCUCCCUAUAUUAGUGGAGCUCUUGAGAAUGGAGGUGGACCGAGUAGUCUGCGCGGUCGCAACCGCGCUCAGAAAUUUGGCGAUAGACCAACGCAAUAAGGAGCUAAUAGGCAAAUAUGCAAUGAGGGAUCUCAUCCAGAAGCUGCCGUCUGGAAAUAAUCAGCACGAUCAGGGCACAAGUGACGACACGAUUGCCGCGGUGCUCGCGACUCUAAACGAGGUCAUCAAGAAGAACGCCGAGUUCUCGCGGUCAUUGCUCGACGCCGGCGGUGUCGAUAGACUGAUGAACAUCACCAGGCAACGCCAGAAAUACACGCCGCGCGUUCUUAAAUUUGCAGGGCAAGUACUGUUCACUAUGUGGCAACAUCAAGAGUUGCGAGACGUGUACAAGAAGCACGGUUGGAAGGAGCAAGACUUCGUCACGAAAACCGUUGCCGCCAGGAAUUCAGGGCCUAAUUCACCCAACAACGCUAACAGCUACGAUUGCAGCACUCUGAAUCGACCGAUGGCAAGCCAGGGAAGCACAAGAUACGAGGAUCGAACGAUCCAGCGAGCGAACAUGAAUUCGAAUAAUGUCGGUCGACCUACUAUAUAUCAAUCAGUAAGUAAUAAUAACUAACAGCAUCACUAAAAUAAAUAUACGCCGCGUAGAUACACACCAUAGGAUGAGAAAAGCGUACUCGAAGCGUAGGAAAAGAAAUCACACGUGCACAUUAUAUAUGCAAUCUGAGUCGUCGGUCUUACGAAAAAGUUCACUAAUAUUUAGUAAAUAAGAAAAAAGCAACGAUUUUUGAAAAAUAACUAUAAAAAAAUCUCACUUUUAAAUGUGAAAUCGCAUUUAAUGAUA